GUGCGCGGGGUCACGCGGGGCGCCGGCACUUCCGGUGGGACCCGGCGAUGGCGUACAGCGGGCUCACGGUGCCGCUCAUCGUGAUGACGGUGUUCUGGGGCUUCGUCGGCCUCUUGGUGCCCUGGUUCAUCCCCAAGGGCCCGAACCGGGGGGUCAUCAUCACCAUGCUGGUGACGUGUUCGGUGUGCUGCUACCUCUUGACCCGAAGAGGUUUCUUCUCCGGUUGCCUCACACCACACCGCCUUCCCGCCUCGCCUGCUGUGGCCGUCAGCCGCCUUGGACACUGGCGCCACGUCCGACUCGAUCUCUCUCUCUCCGGUGCAGUGUUUGCCCUGUUGCCUUACUUCUUACUCUCCGACCAACGAUGUGCCUACUUCGCCGAAACAGUACGACCUCCGUGAGUUGGUGACGUGCUCUCCUGGAAUGGAAGGUGCUGGGCUCCUGAGAAACCCUCCCCCUCUCCUGGGAAUUGUGGCUCGGAAGCUGCCCUCUGCCAGCUCCUGCUCGAGAAUUCGCCACGCGUUGGGAACUUACAGGACAGUCAGGUCCCGGAGGUGACGGGGAGCGGAUAGCAUCUGUCCCCACAGACUCACACACCAAAGUAUCUUGUUCAGGUCAAAUUUCUUAUUUCUGCCAUGUUCUGGAAUAAAUUUAUUUUUCUGCUUUCUA